AUGGCUUCGGCUCCCCUGACGAGCGAGGAAAUGUUCGGCACAGGAGUCUGCGUCAAGGAAGAGUCGAGCGAAGGCGUCAAGGAAGGCGUCAAGGAGAGAUGGCGUCAAGGCGUCAAGGAAGGCGUCAAGGAGGAGUUGAGUGAAGGUGUCAAGGAGGAGUUGAGUGAAGGUGUCAAGGAAGAGUCGAGCGUAGGCGUUAUGGAGGAGUCGAGCGUAGGCGUUAUGGAGGAGUCGAGCGAAGGCGUCAAGGAAGAGUCGAGCGAAGGCGUCAAGGAGGGAUGGCGUCUAGGCGUCAAGGAAAGAGUCAAGGAAGACGUCACGGAGGAGACAUGGCUCGAGGUUAAGGAGGAACCUCUCGAUUACGGAGACGAGGCGAGAGACGAAGGGCGUGACACGAAGGCGACGCAAGAGUGUCAUUUUCACGAUUUUUGCGAUCCAAGACGCGAAGCAGAAGCAAGAGACUCGUGGAACUUGGCUCGGGGUCGCGACGAGGCGUUAAGAGACGCGUUAAAGGUGCCGUUGGUGGCCGAGGACUUCUUCUCGCGGAAACACGAUCUCGGGGAGUGCACGAGAGCGUGUAUAAGGAAGAAGCCACAUACCUGCGAGAUUUGCAACAAGACGUUUUCCAAGAGCAGCCAUCUUCUAACGCACACUAGAGUACAUACGAGAGAGAAGCCAUACAACUGCGAAUUUUGCAACAAUGCCUUUUCGCGGAAGAAUAAUCUUGUGAGGCACAUGACAAUACAUACAAAGGAAAAGCCGCACAUCUGCGAGAUUUGCAACAAGGGCUUUGCCGAUAGAGGUCUUCUUGCAAAGCACAUCAGAGUCCAUACGAAAGAAAAGCCCUAUAACUGCGAGAUUUGCAACAACGCCUUCUCAUGGAAGAGUAAUCUGGCGAGGCACAUGAGAGUACAUACGAAGGAAAAGCCGCACGUCUGCGAGAUUUGCAGCAGGGGCUUUUCCGAGAAAGGUCACCUACUAGCACACAUCAGAGUCCAUACAAAGGAAAAGCCCUACGUUUGUGAAAUUUGCAACAAGGACUUUUCAGAGAGAUCCAGCCUAGUGAUCCAUAGGAGAGUCCAUACAAAGGAAAAGCCAUACUCCUGUGAGAUCUGCGACAAGAGCUUUUCGCACAGAGCUAAUCUAGUGAGCCACACGAAACUACAUACACAGGAGAAGCCCUACAAAUGCGACAUCUGCAACAAGGGCUUUUUGCACAGGAAUCGCCUAGGAAGCCACAUGAGAGCCCAUACAAGAGAGAAGCCAUACUCCUGUGAAAUUUGUGAUAAGGCGUUUUCAUAUAAGAGUAGUCUAAAGAUCCAUGUGAGAGUCCAUAACGAGGAGAAGCCCUAUGGCUGUGAGAUUUGCGGUAAGGCCUACUAUGUGAAGAGUCACGUAGUCAGUCAUAUGAGAGUACAUACAGGAGAGAAACCUCACACUUGUGAGAUCUGCAGAUCUGAGAUUAUCUGGCCACUUGCUGAGCAGACCAGAGUAAUAGUGUUAAUAAGUGCUAAUAAGUGCUAUGAAACUCCCGGGCACACUCCCCCUCCCUCAAUCUGUCCAUAUGAAACACUCUGGGGUGUGCACUGA